UUAGGAUGGGCUCUUCCACAAUGGAUGGGGCAAAUGAUACUGCUGACCUUGUGAUUAACAAGAGAUUUGUGUCUGAAUCUGAGCUAGAGGAGCGAUGGAAGAGGAGGCAAGAGGAAUGGGAAAAGGUCCGAAAACCUGAGGAUCCAGAAGAAUGUCCAGAGGAGGCAUACAGCUCACAUUCCUUGUCUGAAAUACUUCAGGAACAGAGAGAAAAGAAGCAGAAGGAGUUUGAGGAGCAGUUUAAAUUCAAAAAUAUGGUAAGAGGCUUAGAUGAAGAUGAGACUCAUUUCCUUGAUGAAGUUUCUCAGCAGCAAGAGCUACUAGAAAAUCAACCGAUAGAAGAAGAGCUGAAAGAACUAAACGAAUACAGAAGCACUCUCACUGAAGUGGGAGUCAGUGUGGACCCAAAGAAGGAAACUGAGAAGAAAUUGCCCAUGAAGUCCAUGGAAAACAAGAACACAUUCUCUCAGGCAAAGCUGUUAGCAGGAGCUGUGAAACACAGAAGUUCAGAUGGUGGUAACAGUGUGAAGAGGUUGAAACUAGAUACUGAUCAUGACGAAAAGAAUCAAGAAAAAACAUCCUGUGUUCCCUUGGGGAGCAGCUCGGUGGGAGGCUCCACAGUCCACUGUUCCUCAGCAGCCGUGUGCAUUGGGAUCCUGCCUGGCCUGGGCACCUACUCGGGCAGCAGUGAUUCAGAGUCCAGCUCGGAUAGCGAAGGCACUAUUAAUUCCACUGGGAAGAUCGUCUCUUCUGUCUUCCGUAGCAACAAUUUCUUUGAUAGUCCAUAAUGAAAUCCCUCCAUGUGUAAUGUAGUGCAGAGUAUCUUCCAAAGCCCUGAUGGAUGCUUGAUGCAUCCUUCUGCCCCAAAUGGAAUCUUUCUAGCUAACCUCGCAAUGUUAAUACACUCAGAUACUCCUAAAAUAACUCAUUAUAUUCCACCCCCACCCAACUUUCCAUUUCUGUAAGAAGGCUGCCAUCCUAAACCAGAAAGCACACCUAGUAACUGUCAUGGCUUAAGUCCAGCCAGUAACUGAGAACCACGCAGCCGCUUGCUCACUCCUCCCCUCCUCCCCCCACUCCUGGAGGGAUGGGGAGGAGAAUCAAAAGAAUGUAAAUCCCACAGGUUGAGAUGAGAACAGUCCAGUAACUAAGGUGUAAUACAAAACCACUACUCCUACCACCAAUAAUAAUAAAGGAAAUAACAAGGGGUGAGAAUAUAAAACUAAAAGGGGAAAGGGAAAAAAACAAUAAACACAAGUGAUGCCCAAUAUGAUUGCUCAUCACUCACCAACCAAUACCUAGCCUGACCCAAGCAGUGAUCUGGGCCUUCUGGGUAACCCCCAGUUUCUAUACUGGGCAUGACCUGCUGUGGUAUGGAGUAUCACUUUGGUUAGUUUGGGUCAGGUGUCCUGUCUCUGCUUCCUCCCAACUUCCCCUCCUCCCUGGCAGAGCAUGAGACUCAGAAAGUCCUUGAUGGAAGUAAACAUUACUUAGCAAGAACUGAAACCAUUGGUGUGUUAUCAGCAUUGUUCUCAGGCUAAAGUUGAAAACACAUCAAUGAACCAGCU